GUUGCUGAUGCUAUCCUGGGCAACCAAAUGUUCACCAACUACGAUCGUGCCCACAUCGCCCAGCUGUGCGAGAAGGCUGGACUCCUGCAAAGGGCGCUGGAGCACUACACCGACCUGUAUGACAUCAAGCGCGCUGUGGUGCACACACACCUGCUCAACCCAGAGUGGCUGGUGAACUUCUUUGGCUCGCUGUCGGUGGAGGACUCUCUGGAGUGUCUCAGGGCCAUGCUGUCGGCUAACAUUCGCCAGAACCUGCAGAUCUGUGUCCAGGUGGCUUCCAAGUACCAUGAACAGCUCACCACACAGUCUCUCACUGAGCUCUUUGAGUCCUUCAAGAGCUUCGAAG